AUGGGAUACACAAAAGCAUGGAGAUCAAGAGAGAAAGCUUUGCGCCUAGUAAGAGGGAACCCCGAUGAUUCAUAUCAAAAGUUGUCAAUGUAUCUUCACAUGUUGAAGCAAGCAAAUCCAAGAACAAUAACAUACCUACUUAUAGACAAAGAAGAUAGAUUCAAAUACCUAUGCAUAGCUUUCUCUAACUCAAUCAAAGGUUGGAGAUACUUAAGACCUAUAAUUGUUGUUGGUGGAACUUUCCCGAAAAAUGCACAUGGGAGUACCCUAUUUUCAACAUCAACAUUAGAUUCAAACCACAACAUUUUUGUAUUGGCUUUUGGAAUAGCAAACUCUGAAAAUGAUAAUCCAUGGCUUUGGUUCUUCUCCAAACUGAGAGACACCUAUGGCAAACUCGAAGGAUUGGCUAUUAUUUCAGACAGACAUAAGAGUAUAGGCAAUGCAGUACAUAUGGUGUGCCCAAUUGCUUUCCAUGGAGCUUGCAUGUUUCACUUGCUCAAUAAUCUGAAAAGCAAGUAUGGAAGCCAUGGAGAAGAGCUACAAAUGAAUUUUAUUGCAACAGUGAAAGCAUACACAAAAACAAAAUGUGAGUGUUACAUGAAAUGUGUUGAUAGACUUGACAGAAGCAUUAGACCCUACUUAGAGAUGGUCGAAGGUGUCCCCAUUGAUAUCUUGAUUGAAUGCCUUAGAAGUUUUGGUCGAAAGUUGGUUUGGACCAACUCAAAUAAUGCAAAUGCAACAUUCACAAAAGUCUCUACAGCAACAAAAAAUGAAUUGAGGAAUGGCAUUGUUUCAAAAAUGAAAUAUGAGGUCUUUCCUUUUAACCCAAUAGAAUACCAAGUUUGUGAUGAAAAGGGGGUCAAUUUCACAGUAAAUAUACAUAAUAGAACAUGUACUUGCAAUAGGUUUCAAGAAGAUGAAAUGUUUUGUGGGCAUGCAGUAGCUGUAAUUGCAAAGAGAAACUUGAAAGUGUAUAUGAUUAUUGUGAAAAGUUCUACAAAAUAG